GCUUAGACAAAAAGAGGAGGAGAAGCGUAGAAAAGUAGAGGUAGAAAUCAUAAGUAGUUUUCUCAACGAAAACGUUAUUUUAGAGUUAAGUCAAACUAAUUUUAGAAUAGAUACAUUAAAAGGUAAACAAAAUUAUUUAGCCAAUAAAAUAGAGCAACAACAAAAUGAUUUCCUUACCUUAUUAUAUUUCUGUAGCAAAUGUAGAAUUUAAACAAACAGCUUCAUCAUCCUCAAUAGUUGAACAAGGCCCAAUUAGAAUUAGUAAAAUUUUAAAACCACCCAAGUUCGAUAACCAAACAACGUGGAAAAUUUAUCGUUUUCAAUUCGAAGCUACAGCUAGAGCAAAUGGGUGGAAUGAAAGAGAAAUGUCAGCUUUUCUGAUGGAGUCGCUUAGGAGACAGGCAGCAACCAUUUUGCAAUUUCUUCCCCAGGAUUCACCUAGUUAUGACUCUCUUGUUCAAGCUUUAGAGAUAAGAUGUGGCCAGCAGCAUCUAAAGCAGGUUUUCCAAAGUCAGCUGAAAGUUCGAUAUCAAAAACGUAACGAAAGCUUGCAAGAAUUUGAAGCUAAUAUUAAAAGAUUGUUGCAUUUGGCAUACCCUCACCCUCAGGCAUCUAAAGAUUUUCUUGAACAAAUUGAUAUAAAGCAUUUAUAG